GUGUAUUUGUAUAUAUAACGUGUGUAUUUAUGUAUGUAAUAUGUGGAAUAAAUGAAAAAAAAUGUAUUUAUGUAUGUGAUGUGUUGAAAAAAAUGAAAAAAAAUAUAUGUUGCUAUAAUUCUAUUCAUAUUGUAAUUUUGCAGGCUGUAUAUGGGGUUUAGUUGGGCGAUACUCUUGUACGUGAUGACAGAUGUUAUGGGUUUAGGACAUGGAGGUGAUGGAGCCGGGGAUCCACCACCUCCCAUAGGCUUUGGUCGUGGUCAAUACGAACAUGAUGCUGAGCUCCCUAAAAAAAGAAGAGGCCUAGCAAAAAACAUUCAACUAUCAAAGAUAAUGCAGGCAAACAAGGGAAAGCCUGUAGAUUUGGAUUUCGAUAUGGAGCUAACAUAUUCCCCUGUCGGGAACCAAGGUAAUUGGUUUACCCGUGAGAUUGGGAAGUAUAUAUGGAUGAACAUCCCUUUGAACGUAUCUGGUUGGGAUAAUGUUUCCCCCGCUUUAAGGAAUGCCACAAUGGUUCAUUUAAAGGUAACUUGGACAAUAUUUUAAGUUUAGUUCUAAUUG